GCUACAUUGAGAUAAUUUGAGGAGGCAGAGCAACAGGUUAUGCAAGAAGUUGCCAAACACCGCCCAUCAGGUAUGUUCUUGCUCGGAGAGGUGACUCAAGAUUUAUACGGUGGGGAGUGGAGUGGAGCGGAAUUCACGCAUACUUUUUGGUUUGUUUUUGCCAACCGUGGGAACAUACAUGCCUGCCCUCUUUAUAUAUAUAUGAAGGGACUGUCCGUGUUGAGACGGCAUCGAUGUUUGUCAGUCUCAUGUGUCCGACAUGGCAUCUGUUUCUCCUGGGAGGGUUCGUCCUGUCAGGAGUGGCGCACGUUUCAGGAAUUGAAAUCUAUGCACCAUCUGAGGUGGAGGCGGUGAACGGGACCACGGUUAAACUCAAGUGCACCUUCCGCUCCAGUCACCCUGUUUCGACUCAGUCUGUUAUCGUGUCCUGGAACUUCCGUCCCCUGAAUUCUAAAAGAGAAGAGUCGGUGUUCUACUACCAGGAGGUCCCGUACCCUCCUCAGAGUGGACGUUUUAAAGACCAUGCAGUGUGGUCAGGAGAUGUUACAAGAAGUGACGCCUCGAUCACCCUGCAUGCUUCCCUCUCCGAGAUCAGCAUCCUGGUCAUCGCAGUAGUCAGCGGCUGCGUGCUUAUACUGAUUCUCCUCUGUUCCUGUUUGGCUGUGAAGUUCUACAAGAGGAGGCGCAUGGGCGAGGACUUGGAGAUGAACGCACAGGAGCCCAAGCACAAGGACCCGGAGCCUAAGCGCAAGGACCCGGCGCCUAAGCGCAAGGACCCGACCGUGUGUAAACCCGAGGAAGCGGUUCAUCUGACUCUAGCGAAGGAGACACUGGAGUUUGAUAGCUCUGAUGAUGAAGAGUCUGAGCCUAGCAGCGGAGACGAUGAGGAGGAGGACGGCAGAACCCUGACGGUGCAGCGCGGUGAGAGUUGGCCGCUGAGCCGCCUCGCUCUGGACCUCAGUGGCAGAAGCAGAGGCGUCCGGAUUCUACCCGGGAAACUGCUGAGGCUGAGCUGGGCUGAAGGAAAUUUUCAAAAGUCAGUUGUGAAGUCCGCUGAAGCCUUGGAGAUGUCUGUCGGCAAGGUGCCAUUCCUCGAAGCCGUCAACGGCAGCACAGUCAUGUUGCCCUGCACGUACUCCAGCUGCAUUGGCAUCGAGAACCUUUAUUUUAGAUGGCAGUUCAAUGAGAACGGAACCAUGCAAACGGUGUGUGACGCAGUGAUACCGUCAGAGGGGGUGGUGCCAAAGGUGAAGAUGUAUAAAGAGCGGUUCGAAUUUGUGGGGAUGAACCGGAAAAACAACAUUUCCAUCUUGUUGUGGAACAUCACCUUUGAGGAUGGAGGCCAGUACACUUGCUUUGGGCGCAACCCCAAAGAAAAGGAGAAGAACCAUAGCGCCAUCUUCAAACUCAUUGUGGUGGACGAGUUGCGGGAGGUGGACAACACACUGACGAUCAUCAUAGCUUCUGCUGUUGGCGGAGCUAUUGCGCUGCUCAUGGGCUUCAUGCUGCUGAAGAACUUCACUCUCUUUGUUCUUUCCAAGCUUGAGGAGAAAAAUAAGGAGUGCCUUGUAACGUCAUCAGGGAUCGACAACACAGAAAAUGGCCUCUCAGGAUCGAAAGUGGAUUCGAAACCCAAACCUACAAAACAGAAAUGAGGACGUGCAUGCGUUUGAAACCUUACGAGUGCUUUCAUGUGUAGGUCCUCAUUGCAGAAUUGUACGAUACAACCAGGAUAUGUUUGGGAAAAAAAAAAAACGUGCCUGCCUGGCUUUGAUUUUCAAAUGUACAUGCAAUGCAAAGGACAUACAUAAGAUUUUAGAUGCAUUUGUCAAGCCUGCACAGUUUUACACCUAUAAGAUUUAACCAAAGGCACCUAAAUCCAAUAUUUAGACUUCCUAUGUGUCAAAUUUAAUUAAUACUCCGCGCUUUUCCACAAAUUCAAAAGCACACUCGUUUAUUUUCCAAGCACAUAUACGCUAAACAUGGCGUUACUCAUCGUUAUCAUCACUGAAGGGACAUUUGUUUACACAGCAAGUCAUUUAAUCGUGAAUGUUUAUGAUUCAAAUAUAAAAGUGGUUUAAAAAGUCUUGGAUUGUGUGACGCCAUGCAAUGUUUGUGUGUAUUACAAAUGAUACUCCAGUUCCAAAUGCAGUGCAAACGCAUUCAUUUUUCAUUCACCAGAGAAAUGAAAAACAAUCUAAAGUAGCUCCAGCUAGGUUAAAUCUCUCUCUCUCUCUUGAUCGUUUGCGUGAUAACACAUAACAUAAUUGCUUUGGAAAUUGGCAUGUAAAAUUUUACGUGGCAAUCAAAAUGUACCUUGAAACAAAUGAGAGGGCCCCUCUACUUUCUUUUCUUUGCUUGGAAUAAAGCUAGUGCCUGCUUGUUGCAUCUUAGUUCCUCCCAAAGUGCGGACACUCUUCUUGCAAGUAUUACAAAGAUAGAGAUGUUAUCAUUAGCUUCUCACUUGAACUAGACAAUCCUCCCAACCCCAGUGAAUGUCUCACCAAUGUUGCUGCUUUUAUGAAAAACAACUAAUGCAAUUCACGCAUGUGAUAUGAGUCGGCAUCUAGAACACUCCAAAAAAACCAAAACUAGCUAUAUAUUCUAUAUACGGUGAAAGUCAUAGCUUUAGCUCUUUGAGAUAAAGUAAUAAAAGCUAAUAUACUAGAAAAUCAUAUUCCAUUCCAUUCCUGUGACCGUCCAUGCAUUGUCUGUGUCAAGUCUUGGUUAACCUGUCCUGCCCACUGUAUUAUUAUUCCAUGCCGAUGUCACUUUUACAACUGUUAUUUUAAUAGUUCAGCAA